AUGGACCCAUCACAGCAGUUUAAUCCAACCUCCAUCCCAGAGUCUUCACAAAUGCUGACCCAAGAAAAUUCUCGGGACGAUUCAGGGGCCUCUGAAAUCUGUUCCGAGAUGUUGAUAAAGAACCUUAGUAACUUGACUAUCAACACCACUAAUGAAUCCCCUUCCCCUCUACCAGAAGAGUCACUCCAUCGAGUGAUAGAUGGAAUUGCUGCAAGAGCACCAGUCCUCAGGGAAAUCAGAGAUGACUUGAUUUACAGGAGGAGAGGAGUAAGAACAUUACUGUCUGUGCAGAGAGAAAGGAUGGCAAGAUUCAGAUACAUGUUACUCGGCAGAGUUCGUACGCAUGAAAGAAUACUAACAAACACUGGGCUUAAGGGAGUUAGGAAGGAAUCAAGACCAUUCAAAUGUCCCUGCAGUUUCUGCGUGUCUAAUGGAUGGGAUCCUUCUGAGAAUGCUAGAAUAGGGAAUUAUGACACCAAGCCACUUCAGCCAUAAAUCUUGUUCUUGCACCUUUUUCUUCUUGCUGGUAAUCCUAUAUAGCAGGUUGUGAAAGCUAUUCUAUGCUAGUAUAGACUAUACACCAAUAAUAUUAACAAGUUCUAGGAUAUA